UUCUGGCAGUGGCCGAGAGCACUCUAGGUCCAUCUUGCGUGCUCGCAUCGCCCGUCGUCGGCAGACAGCGCGCUCUUCUUCUCGGUGACGUCGUGCUAAAAAAUGGCGGCUUCGGGUGGCGGAUUGUCGUCGUCCGCGGUGGCUUUGAGCGGCCAGACGGUCGCCCGAGCUCGUUUCCCGGGCCGCCCGUGCGCGAGCCGUGUCGGCCGACUCCGGCUGGGCAAGCGAAGCAAACGCGGAAGGCUGAGCUCGGACGACGACGAAUCGACGGAUGGAAGGCCGAGGCCCGUAAACAUCGGCCUAGCGUUGAGCGACGACCCGGCCUUGCUGCGCCUGCUCGGCGUGGCCGAGAAGCAUGGACGGCUGGGGGAAACGGGCUUCGAGUCGAGCGAUGAGGAGGAAAGCUUUGAUGGUUUUGGCGCAAGCACGGCUCAUUCAUCCAGGAGAGUGAAACCUCCCAAAGCUGUUCAACCUCCCAAAGUUGUGAAAUCACCUCCUGCAACCAAAUCUGGGAAGAUUGUAUCGCAAGGCGCCAAAGAAGAAACGGAAGAAGAAGAAGACGACGGGCUGAUCGGCACGAUUGUGCCACAAAACUCCAAAGAAAACGAAGGUUUGAUUGGGACGAUCGUACCGUGGUGCUCGAAGGAAGAAUGGGUGGACGUUAAAGGGAGAGAAGAGGCUCCGAUGGAGAUGUUGCAAGAAGCAAAUGACAUUAAGAUUGGUCUCGGUGAAGCGGGACAAACCGAGGAAGCGGGAACAGACGAGAAUGCGGGGCAGGAGGAUAAAGUCAAGGUCACAAUGCCAGACGCCGCCUCAUCACCGCGGCCCGCCAAGCGCGCCAGGCUGUCGGCGGCGACCCUGCAGCGCGGCCUGAGGAAAAAGUUAACGAAGGAAGUGGCCGCGUCCCCGGAGAUCGGUGCGGAGGCGGGCACCCAGAGCGGUCCGGAGGCGGCCAUGCCUCUGGAAGGGAGGUCGUCUCCUCCGCCGCAUGUGCUGCCCGAGCAUCGCGCCAUCAAGCGAUACCAUCGCAAGUGCGUAUUUGGCAAGCGGAGGAAGGUUAAACCCGCCUUGCCCGCUCCCACCGCCAGCCCCAAAAAGAAGCGCAUCAAACACGUGUUCUACGCGUACGUCCCCGAGCAGCAUGCUGCUGUUCCGCCUGAACCCGAACCCGCUUCCACGGUGGAGCAGCGCGACUCCUCAGCCGUGACCACCGCACGCUCGGCCCGCGUCAUCAAGACGCCCAAGAGGUUCUUGGAUGAGGCCAUGGUGCCCUUCCCGAAAGGCCACUUGUCUUCCUGGCUCAAGAACACACCCAAAGAAGACGAGAAGACCAGCACAUCCUCUCAAGACUCUUUUUACGAUGUGGACGGGGACGCCGCGCCCGUGGCUGACAGGUCACGUCCAUCGGCGAAGCUCACCGCACGACCGAUUCUUGCCACCAGUCACCUGGACUUUUACAAGAAACUCAAGCGGCUCACCUUGAAGCUGGCAGAGAAGAGAGGCCAGUCCUCCGCACGGGUUGAAAACGCCGCCACUCGUCGGGACGAUUUGAACGUGCACGUCAAGAAGAGGAGGCGACGCAGGUCCAAACUCACCAUGGAGGAAACGAACUCGCCUGGCGUGGUGAGGAAGCUCUCCGUAGUUGUCCGCAGCGACCCCAAGACGUCUUCGCAAACAUCCCCGCAAGACGCCGACAAGAAUGAUGCGGCGGGCGGCGGUGAGGUCGGCGCAGCGGCGGCGGUCCCCGAGGUGGGCGUGUCCGGGCACCGUGCGGUGGGCCUGAGCGGAGCCAACAGGAGGAUGCUGCACCUGCUGAAGAAAGCCAAAGUGCAGCUCAUCAAGAUCGACCAGCAGAAGCAGUUCAAGUUGUCGCAGUCGAGCUCCAGCGACACUCAGGUGGCGGUGAGGGGACGGAGGAAAAGGAGAGGCAACCGCGCGCCGAAACUGUGUCCUCAGGAGCAACCUCUGGGCGGUCCUAGGAUCAAGCACGUUUGCCGGGCGGCGGCGGUUGCCCUGGGCCAGCCGCGGGCGAUGGUGCCCGACGACAUCCCCCGACUCAGUGCCCUACCGCUGCACGAGAGGGAGGGGAUCACCUUCUCCCCCGCAAUUGAAGAUGUCGCAGACGACGACGAGGACGAGGACAUCUCGGCGGAGAGCGGAGCUCAGUGGCUCGUCUCCCAGGAACCCCUCGAGGAUCAGCAGAAGCAUUGGCGGCGGCGCGGGCGGCGGCGAGGCCGCAAUUACAGAAAGCGCAAAAUCUUGAGCCGCUACAAGCCCGGCGGCGUGCGUUCGCGGCGCUGCGGCAUGUGCCGAGGCUGCCUGGUGGACACGGAUUGCGCCAAGUGUACCAACUGUCGGGACAAGCCCAAGUUUGGCGGGCCCAACAAGAGGCGGCAAUGUUGCAUAUACAGGAGGUGCGAUAGAAUUGAAGCAACCAAGACGGAGCGCAUUGUCAAACAAUUUACAGUCCGCGCCCGGCAGAUUUCAGCACCGUUGUCAAGCAGCGACGACGGCAACUGGUGCGCCGCCGAGGAGUCGCCCAAGUCGCUGCCCUUAGUGCCGACCAAAAUUCGAAAGCAUUCCUUGCGUGACAUCACGCCGCGGUCCUUCAGCAGCCUGCUCAAAUCCGAGUCGGAAGAAGAGGCAGAGGAAGAGGGACGAGCAUUCAAAAAGGAGAAAAUGGUCACCAGGCAAGAUCUCGGACAUGGACUGUCGACACGUCAUGAUCCUGCUCACGAGGUGGUGAAGCAACGGCGGCCAUUUUCCAAAGGAGGCAGACCAAGAGCCUACAAGGGAUUGCAGAACACGGAAGAGACGGCGCCCAGCGAUACGUUCCCCUGUCCCGGCCCACCCGGAAGCCCCGUGUCCAAACUACAGCGGGAGCUCAGAGUACACUUAUACCGCCUCCCCGAUCCUCUGCCGCAGUCGCCCCAGCGCCUGGAUCCAUACCUAAAACAAUCUGAGCCCAAAUUGAUGCGGCCCCUUACGCAGCCUAGCGAGCCGCACGCACUGCAUGCCAUCGCGCCGCAGCUCGUAACGGGGAGUCCGCCUGAACCGCCGCCCCUUUCACGUGUCCUCGUGUUGCGACUGCACCGCUUGCCCCCACCUGCGGUACGGGGCGCAUUGCACGGGCGUGAGUCGCCACCACCCCAAGGGAGCCCAAAGUCCACAUGCCACUCCGCUCUGACAGAGGUCGCGACCACGUUGCGCUUUCAAGGGGACGCGCCGUCGCAGCGGCGGCAGCUCGGUGCUUUGAGCGACAAAGAAGUCGCGGUGGACGAAGCCGACGGUGCCCGGGAUGAUGGCCAAGACGGACAAGAAGGAAUGGGGCUGCAAAGGCCGCCGGGAACUGACCCACACUGUCUCCUUCCUUCCCAGAAUGCCGCAGAGGGUUCGUCGCACAGCGCCCCUGUGGGGUUUCCUAGCGGAUUUCCCCAGAAGGGCCCGCUGCUUGACAAGACAAGGAUCCGUGUGGAUUUUAAGGAGGAUUGCGCAAUUCAAAACGUGUGGUUAAUGGGUGGCCUCAGCGUCCUCACGUCUGUCACCAGCACACCUCAGCCCGUCUGUCUGCUGUGUGCCAGCAAAGGUCGUCAUGAGAUGAUCUUCUGCCAGAUAUGCUGCGAGCCCUUCCACAACUUCUGCCUCUCGGCCGAGGAGCGGCCCCUGGCGGGGAACAAGGAGAACUGGUGCUGCCGACGCUGCAAGUUCUGCCACGUGUGUGGGCGCAGAAGCAAGCUGUCCAAGCCUGUGUUGCAAUGCAAGAGAUGCCAAACCUCCUACCAUCCUUCCUGCUUGGGACCAACAUACCCCAAACCAAUGAACUGCAGUCUACCCUGGCUCUGCAUGACUUGCAUCCGCUGCAAAAGCUGCGGGGUGACGCCCGGAAAAUCCUGGGACGUGGCCUGGAACCACGCCGAGAACUUCUGCCCCGACUGCACCGUUCUUUACGAAAAAGGCGACUUCUGCACCGUUUGCAGCAAGUGCUACGACGACGACAGCAGCCAGCGGGAGCGGAUGAUUGAGUGUUCAAGAUGCAAGCAUUGGGUACAUCACACCUGUGAGGGUCUCUCAGAGGAGCUUAAGGGGUUGCUGUCGAGCCGACCCCAAGACGCCGUCUUCACCUGCUCCCCGUGCCGUCGCCUUACCGGUGAGGACGAAAGCCUAAGGGAGCUUCUGCAAAGCCAACUGCUGCUCGGCCUGCGGGAGGUGCUGGCCGGACUCCUCGCCGCCGACGCCACUCAGCAUCUGGCGCUCUGCCAAUCGUCCGAGUUAGUCGGGGAACAGACACCAGCGUGUGAUCUCCAAGCCAUGGACGAGAAGUUGAAAGGGGGCAAUUACACAUCCAUUAAAGCAUUCCAUGCCGAUGUCGUUUCUGUGAUGCGAAAGUGGCUGAAGGAGGAAGACGAUGACAACGCCAUUGCUCAGGCCAGGGAGCACUAUGCCAAAUUGAUGGUCCAAGUCUUCCCCUGGCUUCCUGCGCACCAUCAAAACAAGUUGAGGUCAUUCUCCGAGGACCUGCCAAGCAGCAUGCUCCCCGAAGCGGUAAUCCCGCCUUCGAAGGAGCACAGCUAUGCGCAGUGGACGCAGAGGACGUACCAGCCUCGGGAGAGCAAAGGCACGCAGGCGGGGAAAGGUGCGAUGAAGGACGUGGAAGCCGUCAAAGACUGCCGACAGUGUGUUUUGUGUCAACGCCAUGGUGACUCUGCUCCCAGAGAUGAAGGACGACUGCUGUACUUAGGCCAGAACGAGUGGGCCCACAUCAACUGCUGCAUCUGGUCGGCGGAAGUUUCCGAGAACAACGGCGCCCUACAUCAAGUACACACUGCCGUCUACAGGGGGCGCCACUUGCGUUGCGACCGCUGUGGGCUGUCGGGUGCCACGGUGGGCUGCUGCCUCUCCACCUGCCAGAGCAACUUCCACUUCAUGUGCGCGCGAGCCCACGAUUGUGUUUUCCAGCGGGACCGGAAGGUCUACUGCUACAAACACACGGAUCUCGUCAGUGCGGCGGUUGUGUCCGGGGACGGAUUUGAAGUUUCGCGGCGCGUCUACGUCGACUUUGAAGGGAUCACGCUGAAGAGGAAGUUCCUCACAGGCCUCGAGCCUGAAUCCAUCAAUAUGACCAUUGGGUCUCUGCAAAUCCAGAAACUCGGCGUGCUGUCAGAAAUCUCAUCCAACGGGAGGAUGUUAUACCCUGUCGGAUACCAGUGCUCUCGUUUAUACUGGAGCACUGUGGAUCCGCGCCGACACUGCAAGUACACCUGUAAGGUGACGGAGGUCAGCAGCCCCCUGCCCGGCGAGGAACAGGAGCUCCUCAUGAAGUACGAUCAAGAGGAGAAUCAAACCAUCGUCCACAGUCCCAACUUGCGCAGGGAUAUGGAGACUCCGGACGCUUUAAGCGCCACGUCCAGCCCACUUUCAUCUGCUACUCCAUCGCCCAACUCCAAAUUGCACAAUUCGCCGUACAAGCACCACAGCUACUCGCAGACCAGGAGGCCCGCGGGGGGGACUUCCCGACCUCUCCCGUCUCCAGGUUCGGCGGCUUCCAAAUCGCAUCAUAUUUUCACUCUGCGGGACCUGGAGAACACUCAGCGCCGCCGAAGGCUUUCAUCCAGGAGCCGCUGCAGCUCCUCCCCGACUGGCAGCCCCAUCCAGUCCUGCUGCGCUCCCCCGCCGAGGUCUUCCAACUUUUCGCCGAGCUCUCCUCCCUUAUCGCGACAGAACUCCCUCUCGCCCGGCUGGGGCUCGCCGCCUCGACCCAUGUCCGCCGGGUUUUCGCCUCGCCACGGCUCCCCCAGGGGAAGGCACGCGUUCAAGAUCACCACUCCCGUGUCUGCCGAGGUUCCCCAAGAUUUCUUGGAGUCGUCCGAGACGGAGGACGCGGCCGUGGCGACGACAAACGGCAUCUCGCUAGCCCCCGAUAACGCAGAUGGACACUUGGAGCUGCCUUACACAGUGUUUGACGCUGACACCGAGGUUGCGGUGGCCUCGGUCCUCAACGCGUUUGAGGACACGCUGCUGAGUGAUAACAUGUUGCCAGGCGGCCGGCUGGAUGCGGAAAUCCCGGAAGCAGACUCCGAAGAUGAAGACCACAGUGUUCAACUUACCCGCACCGUCGUGUGCGAGGCAGCUGGUGGCUCGCAGACAUCAGCCCUGCCCUCCACGCCCUCCAUUUCGCAGUUGGACGGCGCCGACGACGGCUCCGAGAGCGACUGCAGCGAGGAGGCCGGCGACGCGGGAAGCGGCGGCGCUCCCAUUCACACCGAUGACAACUCGCCCACAAAGCAGCUGACGAUCGCGCUCAAGAGGUUGGAUUCUAGCCACGAGGUAGAACAAGGUACGAGCGCGGCGGGCAGCUUCUCCGUAGAUCAGCCAGCCCCUGUUUUCCUCGACGCUUUCGACAUGGUGCAAAGCGAGGAGGUGCUGAUGGAUGGCGACGCAUCUGCCAAGGCCGAUUUUCUAGAAGGUACCGCCGGGAGUUCCGACGCCAACAACGACGUCGGUUUGAUGUCUGCGAGUAAGACGCAAGCCGAUGAAAAUGACAAUGCGUCCUCCACAGACUCCACCGAAGGCUUCAAAGACGACGCUAAUGACCCGGACUACUCUCCCGAGCCUAAAAACUUGCCAGUAAAAAGAGUCAUUGUCAAAAAAAUACGCAACACUGCCCAAAUCAAGUCCUUUUUGCCAGAGCGCGUCGUCCCUCAGCAGCAGCAGCAGCCGCCGAAGGUCAAGGUGCUGCUGCCCCCCAGGUCAGUCCAGCUUGUGACCUCCGUCGCCCCGAACGCUGUCGCCUCGCCCAUUCUCUUCAACGGGGUGAACGCUUUAAACGUCCAACCCGCCGUCAUGCGAGGCAAAACCGUCGCCAUCCGCUUGGACAAGCCCGUUGCGUCACAGCAACCCACCCAGCUGAUGAUUCCCACUUCGGCGGCAGCCGCCAGUGUCGCGCCGACCCCUCAGGUGCUCUUAGUCAACAGUGAAGGUCAGAUCCUGCUGAAGAACCCCAGAACCAACACGUAUCAAACGCUCAACACAAGUUCUCCCACUUACAGCAAGAUAAGCCAAAUUGCCAAAAUGCUCCACAAGGGCAACGCCUUGAAGCGACCCAUCCCUCGCGUUACGAUCAAACCUAGCGCUGGCACCCAGCUCGCCAGCGUGCCCACCACACCGGCGCCCAACCACAAAAUCAUCUACCGAGUGGUGCCCAUUAAACGCGUGACCAGCCCCCCGCCGGCCGUCACCGUGCAGCGUAAUCCCGCCUCGAUUUUGUCGGAAGCUGAAACGGCUCAAGCGAUUAUGAACAGAUCCAUGGAAUCCCAGGCUGAGCCCCCAAGGACCAAGCCCAUCAUCCUCCUUGGCACGGGUGGCAAACCUGCCGUACCUCCUCAACGCCAAGACGCCCAGCAGAAGAUCAGCCACGAGUCAGCCGGCGGAGCCGCAGUGUCCCCAAGUGUCCGUAUCAGCGUGCCAACUUACAACCCACAGAUGACAAGUGCGCCUAAAGUACGUGUCAAGCUCCCUAGCACCAUCGCUUACAGAAGAAAAAAGGCCAAGAUGGACAUCCUGAAGGAGCCUUCCAGUGAUCACGGGUAUCAUCAGGAAUACGGAACUCAGCGAAAGACGGAGGUUGCAGACAAAGACACCGCAUCCUGCAACGUGAACAUCAGCGCCGGGCGGCGACGGUUGCUUGCAAGCCAAGAAGGAUAUCCCAAAAUUAAAAUCCAGCCUGGAAAAGAUGUUCCCGAUGUGGACAAGGAGAAUUUGAGAAUUACGGCACCAGCGCUGCCAGUGUCCCCAAGGACUCCGAAUGUGGAGAGCGUGAGCAGUUGGGCUGGAUCACACAAGUGGGUCAGCGCUCGCCAUGGAGACCUAUCCGAUUGGGGCCCCCUUGCAGGUUGCAGUUCUGAGGACGAGGUCCCUUUGCCCAAAAACAAAAAGAGGAGCUACAUGAACCAGCCUCACCUGCGUUUUGAAAUCACCAGCGAUGACGGCUUUAGCGUCAAAGCUAACAGCAUGGAGGUGGCUUGGCGCGCCGUGAUCGACGGCGUCCAAGAGGCGCGGGCAGCCUUCCGCCUCGGGCAGUUUCCCCUGGGCGGCAUGAGCGGGCCGCGGGUGCUUGGCGUGGUGCACGACGCCGUCAUCUUCCUGCUGGAGCAGCUGCGCGGCGCCGGCGACUGCAAGAGCCACCGCUUCCGCUUCCACCGCUGCAGCGACAUCGAGGAGGAGUUGCCGCUCAACCCCAGCGGCUGCGCCCGCGGCGAAGUCUACAUGCGGAAAGCGACGUUCGACAUGUUCGACUUCCUGGCGUCUCAGCACCGAGCGCCCCCAGAUUCGCUCGGCCCCUAUGACGAGGAGGACGACGAGUUCCCGCUCAAGUCGUCCAGGCGUGCCACCAGCAGUGAGCUUCCCAUGGCCAUGAGAUUUCGCCACCUGGAGAAAACAUCCAAGGAAGCCGUCGGCGUUUACCGGUCUCUCAUCCACGGCCGAGGGCUUUUCUGCAAGAGGAUCAUCGAAGCGGGAGAAAUGGUCAUCGAGUACGCCGGCACCGUUAUCCGCUCAGUGCUGACGGAUAAGCGGGAGAAAUAUUAUGACGGCAAAGGCAUCGGCUGCUACAUGUUCCGCAUCGACGACUUUGACGUGGUGGACGCCACCAUGCAGGGCAACGCGGCGCGCUUCAUCAACCACUCGUGCGAGCCCAACUGCUACUCGCGCGUCAUCAACGUGGACGGCCGCAAGCACAUCGUCAUCUUCGCACUGCGCAAGAUCUACCGCGGCGAGGAGCUCACCUACGACUACAAGUUCCCCAUCGAGGACGACGAGAGCAAGUUGCGUUGCAACUGCGCCGCCCGACGCUGCCGUCGCUACCUUAACUAGCGGCCCGAAGGUAGGACUUAGACACGCCUCCGGGGAAUUCCCACCUCCGUUGAAUAACAUUUUACGACAAGAAGAGUACUUGAGCGUCACAACCUGGAGAGAAUGUCAUCAUGGUCAAUCACAGACUUUGCACAAGGCGCUGUGAUGCUCUUUUACUCCACACAAUUGUUUUUGUUCCGUUUUGUCGCAGGGGAAUAUUUAUUUAUUGCUCAGACGCAAUCCUUUUUUGUUAUUUUGUUUUCCGUCGUGGCAGCCUCAUGCUGUAGUCGCUCAGUUUGGGUUUACUGAGGUGCCGGUAGAGUUCAAAUUGUUUUAACCAUCCUCUCAGAAAAUCUGUGAUGAUCCCGCAGGUCUUGUUCAUUUUGUGUCUUUUAGGAAGAAAUAAUACAAUGCUUUUGCACUGUCCCUUUAUAGGUUAUUCUGUUUUUGUAUAUUUGAAAAAGAAAUCUUUAUGGAGUAAGCCCUUUUGUGCUUGAAACGUUUGCAAGUUGGAUUAAAAAUGGUAGUUUGCGUUUUGAGGUGGGGAAAAUUUCCAGCCACGUCAAUGUUUCCAUGUGUUCUACCUCCUGAUGAAACAUUUUGUUCUUCAAAAAAAAUAAAAGUUAAAGUCCCAAAUAUGACAACACGUAACGCAGCAUAAUUACUAACCUAAAUUGAUUGACCUGCAGGUAUUUGACAACCACUGUUGCCUGUCCAAAUUCACAUUUAUUUUGGGGUGGGGGGGGUUCACUGAAGGUGUUUUCAGCUUUUGUGUUUGUAAAUACUUGUAUAAAAAGGUCUUUCUAAACCUGUUACAUAUUUUUCUACCUGCGUUUUUUUUUUUUUAAUUUAUGUUCAAUAAAGUUCCAAUGUUGUUUGUUCCAUAA